AUGAGAGCGUCUCGUGUCUACUGGGGUCGACUGCGGCGGCGCGCGCAUGGCAGCGGAAAUUUUUUGAUGCAGCAGCUGCCAGGGGAAAGGGCGGCGACGCCCACCACAUUUUCUCUGACUGAUGCGGAGAAGGCGACCAAUGCGCUUGCACACCGGCUGUUAGAGAGGCACCGGCAGCGCCACGCGGCACACUUGCAUGAGGAGGUCACCGCAAGUUGUGGCAAUAUUGCACUGGUGGUUGCCUCUCAUCAGCCGCAGGAGGAAAUGGAGGAAGGGCCGUUAAGGAAGGCCCUGGCGCGGCACAAGAGGCGGCACACCGUGGAUGCUCUCGCGGGGUACGGGAAAACUGCUGUCCUGGCGAACUUGGCGCAUAGCAUGGAUGCCCGGUUGGCUGAGACACGGGAUCUCGUGGAGGCCACCGAGCGGGAGUGGGAAACGCUGACGACUCGAAACAAGAUGUCAGUUGCCUGCACGGAGGCCGGCAACCGACCCGUCGUGCGUGCGUGGGUUCGGUAUUCCCGCACCAACUCUUCGGUGUCUUUCCCCACGAAAUUCACCGAGCGCUUUACGCCAUUCGAUGCGGUGAUGCAGCGGUACUGCACUGUGGUGCCACAUCGUGGACCUCGUGUUGCGACGGUGGAUGCCGCGUUGGGAUGGCGGGUGAACAUGCCUGCGAGCCUGACGCAACGCGGUGCUCUGCGUUGCGUGUUAGCACGAAAAGAGCAGCUGAGCCGCCAAAAUGAGUGGCGUCGAAUUCGGGGACGUCAGCUCCCGUUAGGAACCGACGGUGGUGGUGUUGGUACAACCAUGCAGGAUGAGAAGGGGAGACAAGUGGAGAGCGCAUCGGCGGGUCGUGUUUUUGGCGGCCGGCCCUUUGCCUCUCCUGUGUUUCGCCGCUACUGCCUACAGUUCGGCAGUAGUACACUGCAGCGGAUGGCAUUCCUGACGGACCCCGCUUUGUACUUUGUGUUGUGUAACUGGAGCUUAACCGGCACGGAGUCUUUGCUGGAGGUGCGCCAGAAGGCAGAAGCGCUGAGCCACCAGUAUGCGUGUCCGACGCCCCUGUCCUGA